CUGAGCUCUCUCAAAGCUCCCCUCAUGGGCACACUCAUGGUCAGAGCUGAGAAGAACACUUGUCCUCGGGAGACUGGGGGAUCUAUACUUUUAUUUUCCCCCAGAGGCACCCGAUGAAUCCCACCAAGGGCUAAAUGGAAGCAUAACACAGAACCACAGACUACUGACGUGAAGCGAGAUCUCUCAGUGUGAUGGAUACGCCUUAUGGUCCAGAAGUCAAGUUCAGGCUGGACAUAGGCAAAGCCCAUCCUGCUCCCGGCACCCUGACCAGAGGACAGUGGUCUAGCAAAAUUGAGUUCCUAUUGGCUGUCGCAGGACAAAUCGUAGGCCUAGGAAAUGUGUGGAGGUUCCCUUACCUGUGCUACAAAAAUGGAGGAGGUGUGUUCUUCAUCCCAUAUGUGGUCUUCCUCUUUGCCUGUGGCAUCCCCCUGUUUUUCAUGGAGACGGCUCUCGGCCAGUACACCAAACAGGGAAGCAUAACCUGCUGGAGGAAAAUCUGUCCCCUUUUUCAAGGCAUUGGUUAUGGCAGUCAGGUGGUGGUUUUAUACUCCAGUAUCUAUUACAUCAUCAUAUUGGCCUGGGCUUUCCUGUAUCUCUUCUUCUCUUUCAAAUCUGAGCUUCCCUGGGCGAGUUGCAGAAACAGCUGGAACACAGAGACGUGUGUUGAGUUUGAUCAAAGGGGCGAUUAUUUGAACUGGACUGCACCUGAAAAUGCAACAUCACCUGUUAGAGAGUUUUGGGAGUUGAGAAUUUUGAACGUCACAGGGAGCCCCUAUGAGCUGGGCGGCAUGCGAUGGGAGUUGGCUUUGUGUCUCCUGCUGUCCUGGAUCAUCUGCUACUUCUGUGUCUGGAAAGGAGUGAAGUCCACCGGGAAGGUCGUUUACUUUACUGCCACAUUUCCAUAUCUGAUGCUGGUGGUGCUGCUUGUUCGUGGAGUCACGUUGCCUGGGGCCUUAGAUGGGAUCAAGUUUUACCUCUCUCCAGAUCCAUCCCGCCUCACUGACCCACAGGUGUGGAUGGAUGCUGGCACGCAAAUAUUUUAUUCCUAUGCUAUUUGCAUUGGGUGUCUGACUGCACUUGGCAGUUACAAUAAGUACAACAAUAACUGUUACAAGGACUGUGUGUACCUGUGCCUUCUGAACAGUGGGACCAGUUUUGUCGCUGGCUUCGCCAUCUUCUCUGCGCUGGGGUUCAUGGCAUAUGAGCAGAACACAGACAUAUCAAAAGUGGCAGAGUCAGGUCCUGGCUUGGCGUUCAUUGCCUACCCUCGAGCAGUUGCCAUGAUGCCUUUUCCUCAGAUCUGGGCAAUAUUCUUUUUCAUUAUGAUCAUCCUACUGGGACUAGACAGCGAGUUUGUAGGACUGGAAGCUCUCGCAACAGCAAUUUCUGACAUGAAUCCUUCCUUCUUCCACGUUGGCCAUCGUCGUGAACUUCUCCUGCUCGCCAUCAGUGUUGGUAGUUUCUUCAUCGGCCUUGUUAUGGUUACAGAAGGUGGACUGUACAUCUUCCAGCUGUUUGACUACUAUGCCUGCAGUGGGAUGACUCUGCUGCUCUUUGCCACACUACAGUCAUUGUGUAUUGGAUGGGUUUAUGGUGCAGACCGGUUUUAUGAAAAUGUAGAGGACAUGAUUGGAUACAAGCCUUUUCCUCUGAUUAAGUAUUGUUUGAAAUAUAUCACUCCAGUAAUAUGCAUGGGGACAUUUCUUUUUUCCCUGCUCAAAUACACUCCUCUGAAGUUCAACAACACGACUGAGUAUCCCUGGUGGGGUUAUGCUCUUGGGUGGUUUUUCACACUCUCCUCUACGCUCAUGAUUCCUCUCUGGAUGGUGUACAAUGUGAGCGUUACUCCCGGUACUCUGCGGCAGAGGCUCUCCAUCCUGUGUACUCCAUCUGAAGACCUGUCUUUGAACAAAUCGGAGAAGAAAACUCUUGAACUGUUGGACUUGACGUCAUCUCCUGACAGCAUGGUGUCCUACUGAGAGACAAACUGGAGCAGCUUCAGAUAUAUUAAACAGCGUGAGGCAAAAGGAAGAGCUUGCCCUCAAUACAAUCGUCCUACUCCAAGCUCCUUUUAAUGCAGUUCUUCCCAAUCUUUUUGGUGUUUGGCCUCUUUAAUCAAAGCAAUGUUUUGGCCAUCUUCACUGUUUGCAUAUGUGAAGGGGUUGCAGUUAGAUGCAACCAGUUCAACCCAGUGUUUUGGCUUUGAAAUUCAAAAGGAAACUAAGACUAGAGGAAAGCAAAAAGCAGAAAGCGGAAAGUGCAUUUUCUGCUUUCUUUUCCUCUUACUAAGAAUCAUCAGAUUUAGUUUGUCGCCCCCUUGUGGGCAUCCUCGCCUCCCGGUCGGGAAUCACUACACGAGAGGAUCAUCAAGCACUGCAAAGUUUGAUUGCUGACUCACGACACGGUGAAGAGUAUGUAAGCUCAAAGAUCCUCAUACUGGACAGGGGAACAUUUGUUUUUCCGUUGGUUUCUGAGCUUUCAGCCACACGUCAUCACGUGAGCUCCCAUCACCGACAGCACUGACGGUUAGUGUGUAGGGCUGCACCUCGUGAUUAUUUUCAGUAUCAACUGGUCUGUUUUUUAUGAUUAUGUUUAGUGUUUAAAUGUUUGAGAAUAGUGAAAAAUGUGCAUCACAAUUCCCCAGAGCCUGAGGUGACAUCUUCAGGUGUCUUUACAAGUCAGUAACAAAGCCAGCAACUUCUUUCCUGUGAGAGUCUGAGAUGACAGUCUUUGCUUGUUAAUGACCAAAAGCAGUUGAUCAAUUGCAGAUUAGUAUUCUGUCAAUCAUAUAAUUGCUUAAUUUCAUGGUUGUUUUUGCUCAACUAGCAAGUGGACAUUGAAACUUUUAUCUUCAUACGCCAAAUGUCAUGAAUGACCAUCCAUGCUCAAGCUCAAACUGAUAUUUGAUAUUUUAGAUUGUUACUUCUCUAAAAAAGAAGUGAUGAGAAUGAAUGUUGUUAUUUUUCAUGUUUUAUUUUUUUAAUUAGGUUGUUAACUACUUGGAGAACAGUAACACUAAUGAACUGAUAAAUAAGCCAUAGAGACUGAACACUUGAAUCACUUUUAGGUCACUGUGAAUUACAUAAAUUCAAUUUGUCAAAUGCAAAUUCAAAUAAAGCAGUGAGAUGAAAGAAGAAUCCAGCACUCAGCAUUAAGAGCGUGAUCCAAACCUCAGACACUGCUUGCACCUUAGCCUGAGCCACCAUGCUGUCCCAACACUACAGUCUUUCUGACCUGUGCAGAGCUCUGUUUGGUGUUGGAUACCAUGAAACGGUAAUGCCAGUGAGUUGAUAAGAGCACCGAAUGUAAAAGAGAAACAAACGUGUUGGCUGUAACAGUCAGAACCGGAAAAAAGAUAUUUUGAACACAUACAGUAGAUUAUAUUUUGACUGUAGUUUCAAAUUUGAGCUCGUGUAAUUAAAGUUUUUAUACAGAAUGCUCAUUCAUCAAGUUUGCCGGUUAAUGUUUAUAGAAUUUUGUAUAAUUUUUAUAUCAUAUAUCAUUGAACUAUGUGGCAGUAGUUCCUUUUCUAAUACAAAAAUGCUGUAAUAUGACAUAUUCACAUUUAAAGUUUGUUUUUUUAAAAGAAAAUAUCUGUUAUCUGUGGCAGAAGUUGUGUGAAUUCAUGUUUAAAAUGGCUGUGUCUCAUUUUCUAUUGCCCAUUUUUAAUACAUCAUGAGCAGCCAGUAUGCUACGUUUGUCAGAUUGAAUGAUUCAUAGGAUUUGUAUAUAAAAAGUAAAUUUCAUGAUUUAUAUGUAAUUAAGCAUGUACCUUUGAAUUAUCUAUGAAUGAGGCAAUCAGGUAUUCAUGUGAAUCAGUAUUAUUGGGCACCAUUUUCCUUGUUUUAAUCUUAUAACCAGACUCAACAUGAAUUCUGAGGAAGAGUUAAUUAGAUCAAUAUGGCUAGAACAUGGAUCAGACUAAAUAAGGUUAUAGUUACUCAAGUAAACUAUUAAUCAUGUGCAAACCUUCAGUAAUGUUCUGUUACCAGUUUGUUGUUGAUGUCCUGAUCACUUUUUACCUUUGUUUAGACUAUGAACAUUUCUAAACCAAAAUUGUUAGAAAAUGUUAGCAGUAAUUUGGCAGUAAUUCAAAAAUGAUUAGUUUUGUGGACGCUACAGCCCAUUAAAGUAAUCAAAAUGAGUUAACUGUUGUGUCCUUGAAUGCACCAACACAUGGGAGUUCUCAAACAAUUUCAGAGAAAGUGCAACAACACACAUCAGUAACUUGGUUUAGAAAAUCUGUUCAGUAUUUCUGUGGCAUGUGAUCAGAUCGCAUGAUGUUCCUGCACAGAUGGAGUUUGUCCAGUGGUCACAGAAUUGUAGAUUUUCAUGUUCCCUGUUUUGUUUUGUUUUGUUUUGUUUUUUUCUUGGCCUUGGAAACAGCAGCUCAGAAAACUCCCCCGGUUUUCAUAGACAGUUGUUUUCAGUGAAGACGCUCUAAAAGGCCACUGUUCACUACCUGCUCAGCACCAACCAGCAGACAGACACUGUUAGAGACCAACUGUUGAGCAAAGUGGAGCUAAAGUAGUCGCUAAAGAGCCAUAUAUUUCUCCCAGGAGUCGGUAGAGACCAAAAACAGAGCUGAGACGGAGACGACGACUUGUAAAAAAAACAGCGCUAAAUAACAAAUUCAGUUAUUGGAGGAUUAAAUAAUCUGGCAAAUGUAGUGUAUAGCU